GAAUGAUAACCAAAACAAAAGAAGGGAAAUUCCGGCGCGGUUUAUUUUCAUGAUGGAUUUCUUUCAAAAUGUACCUAAAAUCGAAUUGCAUGCCCAUCUCAAUGGGUCGCUGAGUAAUCGGACAUUACUGGAAUUAGGUGCUAUGAAAUAUGGCAAAGAUAACCCUGGACCAUCGAACGAUGAGUGCUUCUACAGGAUAACCAACGGACAAAAUUUAACAUUGAAAGAAUGCUUCCAGAAGUUCAAAUAUGCUCACGAUUUAACAGAUCAACCGGAAACACUUCGCUAUGCAACACGAGCAGUGAUCCAGGACUUUGCGGCAGACAAUGUCGUUUACUUGGAACUUAGAACAACUCCGAAAAAGACAGUUCAUAUGAGUAAGAAGCAAUAUCUGACAACCGUGCUAGAGACCAUCAGAACAGCGCAGAAUGAAAUUCCGAGCAUCACAGUCAAACUGCUUCCCUCGAUUGAUCGUUCUAAGGGCCUGCAGGAAGCAGAAGAGAAUGUUUCUCUGGUGAUUGAACUUUGCCAAGAGUAUCCUGACAUUAUCAAAGGGAUGGAUCUGAGCGGAGCCCCGUUCGGAACAAGAUUUUCCGAUUUCGGUAACAUCUUAAAAAAGGCUCAAGCACACAGACUGAAAAUGGCCCUGCACUGUGGAGAGUUCGAGGACGAUGAUGAGAUACAGGCCAUGCUGGAGUUUGGUACCGAUCGUAUCGGGCAUGGUACGUUUAUCAAGGGCGUCAAUUUACAGAAUGCUAAAAAAAGGGGGAUUCCGUUUGAAUGUUGUCUCACUAGCAAUGUCAAGUGCAGUACCGCGAGUUCCUACGAAGAGCAUCAUUUCAAGAAACUUUGGGAAGAAGGCUUCGCCGUGUGCAUUUGCACGGACGAUUUCGGGGUAUUCGACACCAGCUUAACGCAGGAGCUACGCACUUGCUCAGAAAUAUUUGGACUAACUACCCAAGACAUUCUCAGGCUGCAGGAAAACACGAUCCGUUACACGUAUGCAAACGACGAAGAGAAACAUAAACUAACAGAAAUAUUCAAUAAUUUCAGAAAGACAAUGAAAAUCGACUAAGAAUUUAUAUAGAUUUUUUAUUCCCGCCAUCAUUCUUUUUUACACAUCUGUUUGUUUUCGUUUCGAAAUUAUAUCCUACAUUUAGAGUUAGCCUUCAUGUAUGAGUUAAAAAUGGUUCGUCGUAUUUCACUCAGGUUUGUGCGUUUGAAACCCCCAUUUUGAACAGUAAAAUGUGGAUUUCGUCCAACUUUUUGUGAUAAGUUCUUUUUUGGAAUAUAAUUCUGAACUGAACCUGAAUAUGCAUACUAAACUCUAACUUUAACCGUGAUGAACGACGAACAUGCGAAUAAUAUAUAAAAAUGUUUUGGAAUAUUGUAAC